AAAAUCUAAAUUGUCAUUUUUGCAAAGAUUUUGUAAGAUAUGCAGCGGUGUGUCGUGUAGAUCAUUUUAUUUUAUAAGAGCUGGUUAAAAAGUAACAGCAGUUUUUCACUCUUGGGUUUAGAAAAAAAAGGCACAAGUAUAGUUAAGAAGUUUUUUCAAUAGACAAUGACUUGGGAUAUAACUUUAGAUUUUGAAUAUUAUGUGACGAAAAAGCCACCGCCACGCAUAUGUUUUGGGUCAGCGCUGGAGCGGGCCGUGUUGCCGAGAAAAGGACCUGGCUUAAGUCCUUUUAUGCGACGCAUUUCAACGGAAGUAAGAGACAACGUCGGACCAGGAUCAUAUGAAAACAAUCGGGAUGCAUUCUACGAUGUUACGAACAGGAUCGUAAGUAAGUACGGUUUGGGCGCAAAAACCUCACGUUGGUUGGUGAGACAUGAAUACCAGCCACCACCGCGGGAGCCUCCGCCUAAGACGCCUUUCAAGCAAAACUGUGCGCCUUUCAAUGCGACCUCCAAACGCAAAGGCCUCUUUACUCCAGCCAAUUUCCCUGCACCAUGUGACUAUUGUCCUGAAUACAUUAAACGUCAAAUGAAGUUCGCUUACGCCUUCUCUGGAAAGAAGAUACUGCGAUGUGCUGUAGAGAUAAAAUGUGUCCCAUACAAUUUGGAUGAAUGCGGUGUGUGCGGCUGCUCCUGUUCUCAACAGGGUGACUACUGGCAAUAUGAAAAUAGAAUAUUCCUAUGCAGAAAACAUUAUACUCGAUUGUUCAAACAUUGCCUGUCUAAAUUCCAAGGCGCCAAACUCGCGGAAUUCAAGUCGGUCAGGGAUUGUUUCUUCGCGCACGCGCACAACAGUUGCAAGGCCGCCCUCAAGAUUAUGAAGAGCGAAGAAAUAGUAAAGAAGUUGCGAAAAGAAGCUUAUCUGGACCUCUUCUUCCCACAACGUCGCUUCUGUAACAACUGAUCUAAUUUUAGAUUUAAUAACGUUUUAAAAACGUAAUAUUAGUAUGUACACUUGUUCUUUAGUAGUUUUUAUCAACUUCUCAAGACUAGCAACACAGUUUAUUUGUAUGGCAAAAGGCCACAAAGUCAGGGCCAGUGAAUGAAAUUAAAAAAAUAUCAAUCAUCUGACUUUCGUCGACGACUCUCUUUCUUAUUUAUUAUUUAUUUUGAUAACGAAUCGAUAUUUUGGGUCAGCGUUACAGCGUAAUCAUGAAACUGGACUCGAAUAAUAAAAUGAUAAACAGCGAGAGCGGCGCUGAUUUAUCAGAAGAAGUGGUGGAUCCGCGACAAAACGCUGAGGAUAUUAUUGACGAAAUACUCGCAGAGUUUACAGAAUCGCGAUCCCCGGACGCCGCGAGAAAUGGGCACGGUAUACCUGACAACAUAUUUAGCAUGAUACAGCCGCCGCGGACGCGAACUCCAGCGAACUCUUUCUCGGAGAACGCUACAAUUGACGACAUAGAUCCCUCGUCAGACCUCGGCACGUCCAUCAGAAACAAGUGUUUGGAACUGGAAGAGAUCCUCCAGAGCCUCAAGUCUCGGCUAAACCACGUCGUACUGGACGAAAACAUAGUCCUCAGCCCUGAGGCCAACUCGAUGGAGGCGCAACUAGAGCACGAUCUCGACACAGACUGCCAGGAGGACUUGUCACUACAGGAGUUCCUGGAGCUGCUUCACUCGCAAAACAAAAUAAGCCCGACAGGAGUACAAUGAUUGCUCAAAGGACCAUCCCAUAACUUAUUCCUAAGACAAAAUUAACAUGAAUUUAUUGUGUGCAAAUUUGAAUUUUAGAUUUUAUUCAAAUACUAUUAAAUAUUCAGGCCUAA